AUGCUCACUGUUAUUGCCCGCCGUGUCCCACUUACCCGGCUCGUCCUCUCAAGAGGUUACACCUCAAGUGUCAAAGAAGGCAGUGUUGCUCAGAGCAAGGGGUUCUCCAAAAAGGAGAAAGCUCACGAAGAUGAGUACGCUCGUAGACACGAGGCGGAGUUGCUGCGCAAACUGAAAGCUGAGAUCGAGGCGAAGAAGGAGGAGCUUGCCAGGCUUCAGGAGAAGCAUGACGAGGUCAACUCAAAGCAGUAA